AUGAUUUUGGUUUCCUCUUCAUCUUCCCUCUCCGAUCCUCUGAUGAUGGCCUUUAGUAAUUCCAGCUGGAAAUUACUCCAGCCUUCUUUUUUCCUGGUUGGAAUUCCAGGUUUAGAGGAAAUCCAGCACUGGAUAGCUAUACCAUUGUGUAUCCUUUACCUCCUUGCUCUAAUGGGAAAUAUCACCAUCCUUUUUAUCAUCUGGAUUGAUUCAUCCCUGCAUCAACCUAUGUUCCUCUUUUUGGCUAUGCUAGCUGGCAUUGACCUUGUGCUUGCUUCCUCCACUGCACCUAAAACCCUGGCAGUGGUCCUGGUUCAGGAUCAUGAGAUUGGGUAUACUGUCUGCCUAAUCCAAAUGUUCUUCAUUCAUGCAUUCUCUUCCAUGGAGUCAGGCAUACUUGUUGCCAUGGCUCUGGAUCGCUAUGUAGCUAUUUGUCAUCCUCUGCAUCAUUCUACUAUAUUGCAUCCUGGGCUCAUAGGGCGCAUUGGGAUUGCAGUAUUGGUGCGUGGAUUAAUUCUUCUUAUCCCUUUCCCUAUCCUGCUACAGAGACUUAUCUUUUGCAAGAGCACAGUCAUUGGCCAUGCCUACUGUGAACACAUGGCUGUGGUAAAACUUGCUUGUUCAGAAACAACAGUGAACAGAGCUUAUGGGUUAGUAGUGGCACUGCUUGUGGUUGGGUUUGAUGUCUUGGCCAUUAGCAUUUCCUAUGCCUUUAUCCUACAGGCAGUGCUGAAGGUGCCAGGGGGUGAAGCUCGACUUAAAGCUUUCAGCACAUGCGGGUCUCAUAUUUGUGUUAUCCUGAUCUUCUAUGUUCCUGGAAUGUUCUCAUUCCUUACUCACCGCUUUGGACGCAAUGUGCCCCAUCAUGCACAUGUUCUUCUGGCCACUCUCUACCUCCUCGUACCACCUGCCCUUAAUCCUAUUGUCUAUGGUGUAAAGACACGGCAAAUUCGACAGCGUGUACUCAGGGUUUUCUACAUUAAAUGA